AUGUAUCUUCCGACUAAGUCAGCACUGCUUCUCACAACAAAUCUGCUCAGUUGCUGCGAAGCGAUCACAACAGGACAAGUCUUGCCUGUCCAUCAUAAUCUACGAGAUCAUGGUUCUGGGCAUACAGUUGUGUCCAGCUUCCACUCAAGCAUGGUAAUCUCGUCUGCAUCAGCUCUGCCGCUGUCAUCUUCCACCCAUGUUUCUGCCGGCAUCAGUGGUAUACCCGGCAGGACAAAUCCAAGUCCCACCAGCAUCCAUAUCCAAACAUCGCCACCCACACUGCUCUCAACGAAGAGCCUCAAAUUGUUCAGGGACCACACCAGUCAGCUGGACGAGUGGCCUGAAGUUCAUCGUGCGGCGGGAGGUCUGCUGCAUCGUGAGCCGCAUCCGAAGAAACAAGACAAGCAUCGGCCUACGCCUACGCCUACGCAUAAGAACCAUGCCAGGACGAGUCAGUCAAUAAGCGUCGGCUGGUCAGGAGAUAUCCAUCGCGCUUCGAGAGGCCUAAGGCAUCGUGAGCCAGCCACAAGGAGGGUGCAAACGCAAACGCAAACGCAUACGCAUGAGCAUGAGCAUCCGCAUCGGCAUACGCAUACGCAUCUGCAUACGCACAAGCCUGCAUCUGAGACAAACAUCGAAAUUAGCGGACCACUGGAACUUGGCUCAGCAGCACAGGUCAAACGCCCGGCAAACUACCUCUUGACAUGGGACUGGCAUGAGCGUUGGAAGAAGCGUGGAGCUCAUCCACCGCCAUCCUCAUCCACUGUACCAAGUUCCAUCGCCUCACAAGCCUCUUCAUCGCUUUUACCAACGGAAGAGAGUGGAGCUGCUGCUCGCAUGCACAGACAUGCCUCACAUCUUGCCGAUAACUUGCCAAGCACUGUCAGUAACAUCACAAUUGCUGCGUCUACACCAACGUCUGCUAGUUCGCUUACUUCAGUGACUCUCAUACCAGUAGCCAAUCCUGGCUAUAUGCACAAGGUUGCGCCAGGCCUCGUGCGUCCUCGGGUUGAUGAGGCAACUCCUAAAACUACGAUGACAUCUCCUAAUGACGUCUUGUUCCAGCCCGAAGCUACACAUCGCACGGUCAGUGAACUGAAGCGUGUUCAUACAUAUACAGAUUCCACCACUCGACGAACACGAACGUCAUCCUCGUACAUGCCACACAAGUCAAAGAGAUAUGCCUACCGUAUUGCACCACAUUUGAAACAUGGUGGCAGCAAUGUCACGACAACAAAGUCUGUGGAUGAAGAAGGCGUCACAUUCGAAGCCGAGGCCACGCACCACAGAGCCACGGCUCUGUUCCCCCGCGACGAUGAUGAAAACCCUUCUAGCACGACUGGAAGUAUUCCAACAGCCAUUGUUGCAUCUAGCUCUGCUACUACAGCUCAAGACACUUUGGCCACGCAAGAUAUCUCCGCAGCUCAGGAGUCAAAUGAACGCAAUCGCCUGAGUGUGCAAGAACCGAAACGUAAACAUGACAAAGGACAACGCAAACGCGGCAAAAAGGGUCCGAAUACACCAGAACCUGACCAGCAAGAGCUCGAUUCAACAGAUGGUCAAUUUGUUAAGAAGGAAGGCCCCAGCGUUCAUCCAAAUAUCUCUGAACCAAAUGCAGCACUGCUGGAAGCAGAAGGUGUUCCUCACGAGGUACUUCUGAGUGAUGAGGAUCUGGAUCGAAUCCAAAAAGAAGAUCCGGGAAUACCUGCGGGUCCGAGCGUGCAUAGGGCUACACAACACCUGUGGGUUCGCGGCGAAUCGGUCCUCUCUGACUCAUACUUGGCACUGGUUGAAUCAAAACAUAGUCCUGGCAAAACUUCUGGCACCGAGGAGAAGCUGGAUGAUACGUUUUGGGAACCACCACCCAAUCCGAGUGAACACGCCGAUGUGCACCAUCUUGCGCCUUCGCUGAGUAUUCGGCCUCAUAUCAGUCCCGUGCCUCAUCCUUUGCCGUCGACGUUGGAAACGCGUAUCCGACAGCGCACAUCAUCGGCCUCAGGCACUUCAAAGGCCUCGGCACCACCCGAGACGAUUGAUAUACCAAACUCUGGGUCCAGCAUGACUCUCAGUGUCCAGGACGUAAAAACCACGAUCUCCUCGACUUCUUUCGGUUUUCCUACGUCUACGUCUAUAGCAACUCAGCAGCUGCCGCAAGCUCAUUGCCACGCGAAACAUGUCGCGUGCUUCCGCGGCGCGGAGAGUACGAGUACUACGGAAGGCGAUGAUGAAGCAGGGCCCCUGGUUCCCCGUGCGACUUUGACAGCGGGUUCUCAUAGACCGGCAAAGGGGUUGUAG